ACCGCCCCCCGCUCUACAGUCUGCGCGCUUGCGCGAACGAACGGGCAGUCGCCCUUCCCCCACCUGCCGUCGCGAGUGGGUAACAGGGCCCCCUUUCCACGCGCUUCGUGACCCGGAACCGCGGGUGGAUGCUAAACCCCUCCAGUUGUGCCUUUGUGCUUCAGUGCCUUUGCCAACCGCAGAAAAUGAUGGGGUCCCAGGGAUCGGUUUCAUUCACUGAUGUAACUGUAGACUUCACCCAAGAGGAGUGGGAGCAGCUGGACCCCUCUCAGAGGAUUCUGUACAUGGAUGUAAUGCUGGAGAACUACAGCAACUUACUCUCAGUGGAAGUAUGGAGGGCCGAUGACCAGGUGGAGAAGGACCCCAGGGACCCAGAUGAACAGAUGAAGCCACGUAUAACCCUCAAGAACCAACCACCAAUUGAAGAAAGAGGAAGUCUUUUUGGGAAGACAUUAAAUCUGAACAUGGACUUUGUUUCGUUAACACAAGUUCCCUAUAAGUACGACUUAUAUGAAAAGACUUUGAAAUGCAGUUCCGACUUACUCAGCAGUGGAAGCUGUGUGAGGAGGAAGGGUGAGGAGCGCAGUGGGUUUGGGAAGCCACUUCUGUACCUGAAGCAAGAAAGGCCCCGUGCCGGAGUAGAGUACUCAGGAUACAGCGGGCAUGGGAAGGCUCUCAGCCAUAAAGAAGUCGUCUUCAAACAUCAGAAAAUGAAGAGUUUGGUUCAGCCUUUUGUCUGCAACUACUGCGACAAAGCCUUCUCCUUCAAGUCGCUCCUCAUUAGCCACAAGAGGAUACACACGGGAGAAAAACCCUACGAGUGUAACGUGUGCAAGAAAACCUUCUCCCAUAAGGCAAACCUCAUCAAACACCAGAGAAUUCAUACCGGAGAGAAACCGUUUGAGUGUCCCGAGUGCGGAAAAGCAUUUACCCACCAGUCAAACCUUAUUGUUCACCAGAGAGCGCAUAUGGAGAAGAAGCCGUAUGAGUGCAGCGAGUGUGGAAAGACAUUUGCUCAGAAGUUUGAACUCACCACACACCAGAGAAUUCACACAGGAGAGCGACCCUAUGAGUGCAACGAGUGUGCAAAAACCUUCUUUAAGAAAUCAAACCUCAUCAUACAUCAGAAAAUUCACACGGGGGAGAAACGCUAUGAGUGCAGCGAGUGCGGAAAGUCGUUUAUCCAGAACUCCCAGCUCAUCAUCCACAUGAGGACUCACACUGGAGAGAAGCCCUACGAGUGUACUGAAUGUGGCAAAACCUUUAGCCAGAGGUCGACGCUUAGACUGCAUUUGAGAAUCCACACGGGAGAAAAACCCUACGAGUGUGCUGAAUGUGGGAAGGCCUUCAGCAGAAAGUCUCGACUCAGCGUCCAUCAGAGGGUCCACACAGGCUAGGUCCUGCGGCUACAGUCAGAUUAUACCGUGGACAGCCAUCAAAGCAGAAUUCUCCCGUCGAGGGAGAAACCCUGAUGAAGAAUACUGAAGGAACUUGGGGAAUUGUAUUGAGAUGCAAGCUAACUCAAAAAAACUUAAGAGGAAAGGAUACCAUAAGAAUAUUAUAUUGAAAAUUAGUAUCCAUAUGUAUAUGUAUGUCAUACAUGUAUCUCCAGACCCAAUUGUGAAUAGAUACACCCACUCUAUUUCUAUGAACUUUCUUGAUUUUUGUGCUGCUGGGAUUCAGACCUAGGGUCUUGCCUGUGAUAGGCAGGGUUUUUUUUAACCACUGAUCUACAUCCCCAGUCUACAGUGAUCUUUUUAAAAUUUUGAAUGCAUUGAAUAUUCUAGGAGGAAAAAUAGUUUUAAAUCUGUUAAGUUUAAUAGCUGCUGGGAGUUUGAAAUUCUCAUCUAUGAAAUUGCAUCAUAGUAAACAAGGUUUUCCAUACUCAACAUCACAUAUGCACCACAGAGCCUUUCCAGCCCAGUGUGCAUCCAGAAGAACCAUGGGGUGGACCUUCAUGUAGCCCGUUUCCUCUGCAGCCAGCUCAUACACGUUGGUGUGGCCCUUGUUAAUGAGCUGUUUUAACCUGAUUCUGGGUUUGAAGAUGUUCCAGAGCAUUAUUUAUAUAAAUAUGCAAAGGUGUGAGAUAAUUGAUCUAGAGUGGAAGAGGCAGCUGUGAACUCUGACUUGGUACCCGUUACAGAAUAGAGUUGUGCUGGGCAGGCAAUUCCUCAUCUGCCCUGCUCUUGUUCUUUCUCCCUGAGAUGUUUACAUACAAGUGCAUGUCUGUGUACCCCAGAAAACUAUUUUUGUAUGUUUUUGUCUUCCUCUUCAUGCUUUAUGAAUUGUCCUACAAAAACAAUGGGUAGGGUGCCUGUGUAGCUUACAAAUGUUACAUUUCAGAGACUUAAAGAAUUGUCAAGAGCUGUAUUUCACUGCUUUUUAUAGUUUCCAUGUGUGAUACUCUUUAGAGAUGUGCUCUUGCUGUGUCCUUUAAAGGAAGUAUUUCUGCUUUCUCCCCAUAUGACACUGCCUUUGGGACCCUUAGCUGUCACCCUGCCUUUUGGUGUUCAAGCACUUUAUAAGAGUAUUUUCUACUGCAAUGACAAAACACCGUGACCACGGCAGCUUUAAAAGAAGGUAUUUGAGGCUCACAGUUCCAUGGUUAGAGUCCCAUGGCCAUUGGGAGAGGAGCGGGUGUGGGAGCAGGCAGGCAUGAUGGAGCGUAGCUUAGAGCUCACCUCUUGGGACACAAGCACAGGAGCAAGCUAACCGGGAGCCCACCUCCAGGGACACACCUCAGCUUUACCAAAUAGUCCCACCAACUGAGACCAAUAUUCAAACCUGUGAACCUACAGAGGCAGUUCUCAUUCAAACCACCAAAAUGUUGGACUUCGGUGGGCUCCAUAUGUUGGCAUUUACAGCAUUAGGGGUUUUUCUAGGUGCGAUGCUCCAUGCCUUUAAUCCCAUGGGAGGCAGAAGCAGGUGUCUGAGCUGGAGACCAGUCUGGUCUACACAGUGAGAGACCCUGUCUGCAAACAAACGUUUUAUAUAACUGAAAGAUGAUCAUUUGAAGUUUGAUUCCAAAUCACAAGCUCAGCUUUCUCAUUGUGCAUUAGAAUUAUAAAUGGAAAUCACAACGAUUUUUGUGUUUAAUAAUUUGCUUGUAUGGGUGUUUUACCUGUAUGUAUUGUCUGUGCACUGUGUGCAUGCAGUGCCUGUGGAGACCUGGAGAAGGUAUUGAAUCCCCUGGAGUACUAUGGGUACUGGGAAUUGAAACCUGGGUCCUCUGAAAGAGCAGCCAGUGCUCUUAACUGCUAAGCCAUCUCUCCAGCCCCUUGGGUUUUUAUUUUUGUAGAUAGUUGAUUCUGUCUUUUAACAUUAAGAAAUACAUGCUGUGUGGUGGUGGCACACGCCCCAGCACUGAGGAGGCAGAGACGGGAAGAUCUGAAUUCCAGGACAGGUUCCAGAGCUACAGAGAAACCCUGUCUCGAAAAGCCAAAAAAAGAGAAAAGAAAUACAGAAUCUCUUCAUACCAGGAAAUUUCUGGCAAUCUGAAAAUUAAGAGAAAAAAAAAGAUGCCAGUACUUAAGAUUUUAUGUUGACCAAGUUAUAUUAAUUUUGGGUUUUAAAAAAAUCAUUUAAAAAUGAGUGAGGGACUGAAGAGAUAGACUCAGGUUAAGAGCACUGGCUGCUCUUUCAGAGGUCCUGAGUUUAAUUCCCAGCAACCACAUGGUGGCUCACAGCUAUCUAGAAUAAGAUUUGGUGCCCUCUUCGGGCAUGAAGACAGACAUGCUAGAACACUGUAUACAUAAUAAAUCCUAAAAAAAUAAAAAUGAGUGAAUAAAAACAGGCCUGGUGGCACACUCCUUUAAUCCCAGAACUCGGGAAUCAGACAGGUGGAUCUCUGUGAGUUUGAGGCCAGCCUGGUCUCCAAGGAGUUCUGGGACAGCCAGGACUGUUACACAGAGAAACUGUGUCUCGAGAGAAAAAUAAAUUACAGUAAAAAAAAAAAUGGUAUGACUGAAUGACUCUUCAUUGAAAAGUGUA